UCUUUGGGCUUUAUAAGACAACACUUGCAGAUGGCAACCAUUGACAGAACCGUUGUUUAAGCACGGAGUGUCAGCGAUAUACUCUUCCAGUGGACAUCCAAGUUAACGAUGAAGCUUUCCCUGAGAAUCAGGGGCCAGUGGCUAGCGCUACCCUGUAAUGGCAAGGAGAAGAUCUCUUGGCUUGGGGACGAGGGCCUGAAGAGGUACUACAAGACCAAGAGCAAGGUUGGCCAUGCGGAGGAGACUGUGUACGAGAUUCGCAAAGCAAAAGGUGGGGCUAUACUGGACCCCGAUGACGCUGUGAGGGACGUCCUAGACGACAACGACUUCGUCACUGUUGUUCUGGACAGCGAUAUGUCCAGUCCGGUGACCGGGCCGGCUGAGAUUGUGUACAUGGAGGAGAAGGUACCUAAAGCCAGCGUGAAGACAGCGUCAGAUUAUAUCUCUUUGGAUGGAAACAGCUUAGCCGCGGACGAUCUCGUGAGACUGGGAAAAGGAAUGUUCCUUGUAAAGUUAACGGCCGAGUCCGAACAAAACGUACAGAAGUCACGUGACCUUGUGGACGAGAUACUCGCCAGUAAUAAAGUUGUCUAUGGAAUCACAACGGGAUUUGGUAACUUUGCUAGGACAACCAUACCUAAAGAUAAACUUGUCGAGCUCCAAGAAAACGUCAUCCGCUCACACGCAGCAGGUGUUGGUCCUCCAUUAUCCCCUGAGAGGACCCGGAUGUUGCUGGCACUGCGUAUUAAUGUCCUCGCCAAAGGCUACAGCGGGAUCUCAUUGGAAACACUGGAGCAGUACAUGGCAGCGUUUAAUGCAUCUUGCCUUCCAUGGGUCCCCCAGAAGGGAUCGGUGGGGGCUAGCGGAGACCUCGCACCCCUCGCUCACCUCGCGCUCGGCAUGAUGGGAGAAGGGAAAAUGUGGUCGCCAAAGAGUGGAUGGGCUGAUGCUAAACAUGUGCUGGAGUCCCAUAACCUCUCUCCGAUAAAGCCCAAGCCCAAAGAGGGCAUCGCAAUGAUAAAUGGAACACAACUUAUAACAUCGUUAGGAGUUGAAGCCUGCGAGAGGUCGGAGUCCAUUACCAGACAGGCGGACGUCGUCGCGGCCAUGACCUUGGAGGUACUGAAGGGUUCAACCAGGGCCUUCGACAGCAAUAUCCAGAUGGUGCGACCACACAAAGGUCAAGGCCUGGUUGCUAGGCGACUGAGGUCACUCCUUCAUUCAGAAACACAUCCGUCUGAGAUAGCAGAGAGCCACAGGUUCUGUGACCGGGUUCAAGACGCCUAUACGCUUCGGUGUUGUCCGCAGGUUCAUGGCAUCGUGAACGAUACGGUGGCGUUCGUCAAGGGCGUCCUGGUGACCGAGAUGAACAGUGCCACAGACAACCCUAUGGUGUUUGCUGAGACCGGUGAGAUCUUGUCAGGGGGGAACUUCCAUGGGGAGUACCCGGCCAAGGCUCUCGACUACCUGGCGAUCGGGGUGCACGAGCUGGCUAACAUGAGUGAGCGGCGAAUUGAGAGACUUGUAAACCCCGCAUUGAGUGAACUGCCAGCCUUCCUGACUAAAGACGGCGGACUCAACUCUGGCUUCAUGAUCGCACACUGCACAGCAGCCUCUCUCGUGUCCGAGAACAAGGUCCUGUGUCAUCCGUCGUCCGUGGACUCCUUGACCACCAGCGCCGGGACGGAGGACCAUGUAUCCAUGGGGGGCUUCUCCUCCAGGAAGUGUCUCAGGGUCGUGGAACAUGUUGAACAAGUCUUGGCAAUCGAGUUACUGGCAGCUUGCCAGGCGAUGGAGUUUCUGCGGCCACUGAAGACGACGCCACCCCUGGAAGAGGUGCACAAGCUGGUCCGCUCAGUCGUCGGCCCCUGGGAUAGAGACAGGUACAUGGCUCCGGACAUAGAGGCAGUCACUAAGCUACUGCAAGAGGAGCAGAUCUGGAGAAAGGUGAAGCCGAUGAUGGACAACUACCACUCUGUGCAGACCAUUGAGACCAGGGUCUUCUCCCCCACCACCGCCAGACUGGACGGACCACCCCCCAAACGCCGGAGAUACAACAGCAAGACCGUGAAAUAAGGUCCAGAAACAACAGCAAGCCCGUACAGUAACCCCCAGAUACAAAAGGACCGUGAAAUAACCCCACAAUACAACAGCAAGACCCAGAAAUAACCCCCAGAUACAGCAGCAAGAGCGUGAAAUCCCCCACCCCAACCCCGAUACAACAGCAAGACAGUGAGAUAACCCCCAGAAAUAACAAGCCCGUGAAAUAAGCCCCAUAUACAACAGCAAGACAGUGAAAUAAGCCCCAUAUACAACAGCAAGACAGUGAAAUAAGCCCCAUAUACAACAGCAAGCCCGUACAGUAACCUCCAGAUACAACAGCAAGCCCGUACAGUAACCUCCAGAUACAAAAGGACCGUGAAAUAACCCUACAAUACAACAGCAAGACCCAGAAAUAACCCCCAGAUACAGCAGCAAGAGCGUGAAAUCCCCCACCCCACCCCGAUACAACAGCAAGACAGUGAGAUAACCCCCAGAAAUAACAAGCCCGUGAAAUAAGCCCCA